AUGUCGCAGGGUAAUUCUGGAUGUGGCACUUCUAUGUUUUGCGGGUCCGUGACCUGCGGUGACGGCGAAGUUGAGAGGGAACCAGUGGAGAGGACUCAUAUCAGACUGCAGGCUGACCAGCCUGUCGUGGCCGUACCAGUAUACCAGGAGAUCCAGAAGCGGGACAAGUAUAUAGAGGUUCCACAAGUUGAAGUUAGAGAUUCUAUCGUCCCCAAAGUUUACAACCAAUCCGCAGUUCACGAUGUUCCUAGAGUACAGGUCGCCUGUGGUGAGAGGGGCGUCGCCAUCGAGAAGGAAACCAUCGUGGAGAAAGAUGUGGACGUCCCCGUCCGCGUCGGCUACGCGCCACAUUUUGUUCCCAAGUGGGAUAUCCGUGAGGUGCCGAGGCCUGUCCCCAAAUACGAAGGCGAGCAACAAGUAAUUGAGGUCGAGGUGCCCCAAAUUGAGUAUAAGGAUACCUACGUCGAGAAAGAAGUGGUGGUGGAUAUUCAGGAGAAAAUUGUUCCCAAGGUGACUGAAGUUGUCAAAGAGGUAGAGGUGAUGCAGUACGAGUGGAAAGAAAAGUAUCAAGAUGUCCCAGUCUACAAGUACGUACCGAAGUUUGACGUCGAGCUGGAGUGCCCUCCUCCACUGAUCGUACCGUAUCCAGAGACGCGCUAUGUCCACGAUGAACCGCAAACUUCUAGCCCCUUCUGUAGAUGGUCAGCAUGCUGCACGCAAGUGCACCAGGAACCCCACAUCAGGACGGUCGAGACAGCAGUUAGGACCGAGCAGCAAAGACUCUAUCCAGGAUCUGCUCAACUCACUGAGGCAAAGUUGAAUUACCCGAUGGGCCAAAACUUUGCUGCAGACUUCCAGAAGCAGUAUACACAGGAGCAUGUGCUUAGGAGUGGCAGCGGGGUUGAGGGCCCUAUUCGCCAGGCAACGCUGUCACAACUGACCCCCGGGCCUGUCUAUCCGCGCCCAACUCCUCAGGUCGGUGCUGCUGAUCAGCAAAAGAGCGGCGCUCGUCUGAACGAGAAGAAGCCAAGCUUCUGGAGCUGGCUCACCGGUAAAAAGGAGGAGGAGCCGGAAACUACAAGCGCUGCUGGGAAGUUUGGCUACCCGGAGCACAUGCCGUCAGACUUUGCCUCGGCCUUCCAAAACCAGGGGACUUCUGAGACAGGCGCGGCCACACCCACUCCGAAAGAUUUGGAAGAGAUAUCCGAAGCGAAGGACAAAGCAUCCGACGAGCUGGAGCCUUCUGUUGUAUACCGCGGGUCUGUCAACAAGCCACCUGAGUACGGUGGGGAAUUGGAUCCCAUUUCCUUCAAACUGCACGCAAUCGAGAUUCAUCAGUUCGUCCCUCUUCCAAAUGUGGAGACGCCAGAGUUUGUUAAAGCUCUUUCGGAAGGAAUUACGACUUCUGACGUAUCCGGUCUCGAAAAGUUCUUUGGCGGCCAGGUCCCAGCUGGCUGGGCGGACCCGGAUGUAACUGGUAUUCCCGCACCCACAAUGAGUGACAUCCUCACAGGAAACGCACAGAAUGUAGCCAUGAUGAAUCCCUUGGUGUGUCAGCUAUCGUCUCAGUUUGCGAAGCAAGGAUUUGUGCCUGGAGGCACUCAAGAAGUGACGCAGCCGGGGGGUUCGUUCAGGCGCAAUUCUUCUCAGGCCCAGGCAUGA